AUGCCUGAGCGACCAGACGCACGCGAAAGACCGCCGGAAGCACUCAGGACGUUGUAUAAACAAUGGCAGAAGGCAACCUUAAGCGAGCUAGAAACUACUCUAGUUGAUGGAAACAAUGGCGACUCCUUCCACUUGACCGAGCAGGAUAAGCUGUUCCCUGAGACAAUAGACAUGACCUUCGAGGAUUUUACUGGCGAAGCAGACAGCAGAUAUAGUACAGAAGCACCCCGCGUGUACAGUGUAAAGAGCGUGCCUGGUCUCUUUUACUAUCCCAAACUCCUACCAGAGCACGUCCAGAUGUCCUUGCUAGACAAGCUUCUACACCGUGAUCUCUCCAAUCCUGACCACAAGACCAAUGUCCACUUGCACUACGAUGUUUCUUAUCCAUCCGAUACUGCUUCAAUUUUCGAUGUCUCCUCCCAGUCACUCCAACACAACCCAAAGGCUGGCCAUGCGCUUAUGAGCACACAGAAAAUGCUGGAUAAGAAGCUCCGAUGGAUGACAUUAGGAGGUCAGUACGACUGGACGAACAAAGUCUACCCUGUCGGACCGCCUCCGCCAUUUCCCAAGGACAUUAAGGACUUACUGGAGGGCAUCUUCCCCAUAAAGGCCGAAGCCGCGAUCGUCAAUCUCUACAGUCCAGGAGACACACUAAGCGUCCAUCGUGAUGUAAGCGAGGAGUGUGCACAACCACUGGUCUCGAUAAGUAUUGGCUGUGAUGCUCUCUUUGUCAUCGGGUUUGAAGCUAAGCAGGUACCGGGUGACCCCCUGCGAUCAGCGGUCCUUCGCCUUAGGUCGGGCGAUGCAGUACUCAUGAGUGGCGCAAGUCGAUACGCAUGGCAUGGUGUGCCGAAAGUCCUCGCUGGGACCUGUCCGGACUGGUUACGGGACUGGCCUACUGUGGGUGGCGAGGAGAACCCAAAGAGGUUUGAGGGCUACAAGGGCUGGAUGGAGGGUAAGAGGGUCAACUUGAACGCCAGGCAGAUGUUCGCGCAAGCCGAUGAAAGUCAGAGAGCCCGUGACAGACACGAUCAUGGGAUGCCAUCUGUGUAA